CCCGUGCCGGCGCCAUGGCGGGCCCGGGCGGUGCCGGUACCGCCGGGGCCGCGGACGCCGGGGAUGUGCUGAGCGGCGGCAGCGAGCGGCGCUUCCCCGGCGGGCGGCGGGACCCGGCGGACGCGGACGCGGUGGCCACGGCGCUGCGGGAGACGCGGGAGGAGCUGGGGGUGGCGGUGGCAGCAGCCAGCGUGUGGGGACAGCUGCGGACCCUGCCCGACCGGCAAGGAAUGACCGUGGCGCCUGUCGUGGCAAACCUGGGGCCGCUGGAGGCCUUGACACUGACCCCCAACCCCGACGAGGUGGAGGAGGUGUUCACCCUGCCCCUGGCUCACCUGCUUCGGGAGGAGAACCAGGGCUACACUCACUUCCGCACGGCCACCGGCUACGGGUACACCCUGCCCGUGUUCCUGAAUGGCCCCCACAGGGUGUGGGGGCUCACAGCUAUCGUCACCGAGCUCACCCUGGAGCUGCUGCUGCCUGGCCAGUACCGCAGGAAGACCCACGUGCCACCCCGGAAACCCGAGGCCUGAGGGAGGAAGGGGCAGGGGGUGGCUCUGGGGCACAGAAGCCACCGGUGACGUCGCACACUGUGAUUCAGUAAAAGCCAUGUUUGGAACUGC